ACUCAUUCAUCAUGAGCUGGACCCUCAUGAAGCUAGCAGUUAGCUUUACACGCUAACCACUGAUAUGUGUAAUUAAUUGAUUAGUCGGUCCUUUCUUGGCCCCUACAUCUAUAAGCUGUAAUUUCAUUUGAAAAUUAUUUUAACGACACGCUCCUGCCUGGUGUACUAGCCACCGAUUUAACGUGUCGUGUUAUGGGAGAUAAACGGAGGUCAGACGAGCGGUUGGCUGUCAAAAGUAGUGACAACAAUAAUGUCCACUUUGACAGGUUGAUAGUCUAGCACUGUUCAACUUUAAAGUGAAUCAUGCCUGGGAAACUGAAGGCCAGAAUUGUGGCAGGGCGCCACUUGCCUGUGAUGGACAGAGCCAGUGACCUUACUGAUGCUUUUGUAGAGGUUAAGUUUGGAAACACAACUUUUAAAACCGAUGUCUGUCCCAAAUCCCUCAACCCACAGUGGAACUCAGAAUGGUUCAAAUUUGAGGUUGAUGAUGAGGACUUGCAGGAUGAGCCAUUGCAGGUCACAGUUUUGGACCACGAUACUUACAGUGCUAAUGAUGCCAUAGGGAAAGUUUACAUUGACAUUGACCCGCUGCUGUGCAGUGAGGCUGCCUCUGUCAUCUCUGGGUGGUUCCCUAUCUAUGAUACAAUCCACGGUAUUCGAGGGGAGAUUAAUGUCCUCGUCAAAGUAGAGCUUUUCAAUGAUUUGAACCGCUUCAGACAGUCCUCCUGUGGGGUCAAGUUCUUCUGCACCACAUCCAUUCCACGGUGCUACAAGGCAGCAUUGGUUCACGGAUUUGUGGAAGAACUUGUGGUGAAUGAAGAUCCGGAGUACCAGUGGAUCGACCGUAUCAGAACUCCUCGGGCUUCCAAUGAGGCCCGGCAGAGGCUCAUUUCUCUUAUGUCCGGAGAGCUACAGAGGAAAAUAGGGCUUAAGGUACUGGAGAUGGGCGGAAAUGCAGUGGUGGGCUAUUUGCAGUGUUUUGACCUAGAGGGAGAGUCAGGCCUGGUGGUCCGGGCCAUAGGUACCGCCUGCACUCUGGACAAACUCAGCUCUGGAAGCGCCCCUAACUCCAACACACAUAUGCACCCUAACACAGCCCCGCCUUCCAAUGCCUGCAAUUCCCCUUCUAAGGAUGGAAAGGAGCCGGUAUUUGGCGAGGACCUGACCCUGUCCUCCGGCCCGUCAACCCCUUUCCGAGCCCUCCCCACCACCUCCUCCUCCCCUCCCCCCUUCUCUCCCUCCAAGCCAUGCAGCCGCCAGUCCUCAUCAUCAGAUACAGACCUCAGUUUGACGCCCAAGACGGGAAUGGGCAGUGGAGGCAGCGCCGGGAAGGAGGCGGGGCCUCUGAAGACCCUGCUCAGACAGCAGACGCAGACGGCUCUCGAGCAGAGGGAGUUCCCCUUUUUCACCUUGACGUCUUUCCCUCCUGGUUUUCUGGUUCAUGUCGGUGGAGUGGUCAGCGCUCGCUCUGUGAAACUACUGGACCGGAUACACAACCCUGAUGAGCCAGAGACUCGCGAUGCCUGGUGGGAGGAGAUACGCCAGGAGAUCAAAUCUCAUGCCAAAGCUCUUGGUUGCCAUGCUGUGGUGGGGUACAGUGAGAGCACUAGCAUCUGUGAGGAAGUGUGUAUCCUGUCAGCAUCAGGCACAGCAGCCAUCCUGAAUCCUCGAUAUAUGCGUGAAGGCUGCCUUGAUAUUGUUAUCACCGACCACAGGUUUGAGGAGCCGUCUCCCCCGAGUUGUGGCUUCUGCCACAUCCCCUACGAUGAGCUCAACAUGCCCUUUCCUGCCCAGCUCACAUACUGCUACCACUGCAGGCGACAAAAGGUUCCUGAUGUGCUGUUUACAACAAUUGACCUGCCACCUGAAGCAGCUGUCACAGGAAAGGGCUGCCUUAUCCAGGCCAGGCUGUGUCGUUUAAAAAAGAAGGCCCAGGGUGAAGUGAAUGCGACGGCCAUCUCCAACCUGCUGCCGUUCAUGGAGUACGAGCUGCACACUCAGCUGAUGAACAAACUCAAGCUGCGGAGCAUGAACGCUCUGUUUGGCCUGCACAUACAGAUCAGUGUCGGAGAGAACAUGCUCCUGGGUCUGGCAUCUGCUACAGGAGUGUACCUGACAGCCCUGCCGGCUCCAGGGGCCAUCCAGAUAGCGGGGAAAACUCCUGGUGAGAUGAGCAAUGAUCACCACAUCCUCACCAUUCAGAAAAGGAUCAAUGACACCAUUGCCAAGAACAAAGAGCUCUAUCAAAUAAACCCUCCGAAAUUAUUUGCCCUGGACCCUGAGGUGUUCUGCGGCAUAAACAUGGAGCUGACAGAGGAGGUUGUUGGUUCUCCGAUUCCUGAGCCCAGGCAACGAUCCAGACUUUUCCGCUCCCACUCAGAAAGCUCAGAUGAACAGUCAGAACUGGACCUCUCCCAUGGCAAGAAGGAUGCUUUUGUCCUAGAGAUUGAUGACACUGACGCUGUGGAGGACAUCCACUCCCUCCUCAUUGAUGCUCCUACCCCCACAGGUUUCUACAGCUGCAACACUGAGACCAUGCCUGGGAUUUUCAACUGGACUUCAGGAGUUCAGAUGUUUACAUCCGUGAGGGUAUUCAGGUUGAGUAAUGCCAAUCUUACAAACCAAGGCUUGAACAAGAUCUUCACAGACCUUUGUGAGAAUCUGCUUAAGAGUUUUUACUUCAAGUUGCGCUCAAUGAUCCCCUGCUGUCUGUGUAAGCUCAACUUCACUGUAGCAGUACCAGAAGAGGAACUCAUACAGGUUGCAGUUACAGCCGUUGCCAUGACGUUUGACAAAGACCAGAAUCAGGAGAAGCCAGCAGACAAGCCUGCCACCAAAGGAGGAGGUGAGACUGAAGAGCAGCUGCAGUUUCCCAUGGAGUUAUGUGCAGAUGCAGCAGCAGGCAACACUCAGCAAGCAUCCAAAAUCUCAGGUACAGUCUCUUUACUCACCCCAUCCGCAAAGCUCUGCCACAAUCAGCUGGUUAUGGUUCGUUUACCAGGUGUCCCAGAGAGCACCAACGUCUCAUCCAGAGCUGCCUCCGUUGAUUACGGUUCCUUUGCAGACAGAUGCAGCACCUGGCUAGAGCUGCUUAGGCUGAAAGCUCACACCAUAAGACGAGGAUCAGUUAAGACAAGUAGGAGGACACAGUCUCUAGCACACUCCGUCUCGUCCUUGGAGCGCUGCAGUCCACUGCCUGAGGGACGGUCUCGUUCACUGCGCUCCUCACGCUCGUUUGGGAGCAGUUCAGUCGCCGUGGUGAAGAUGACGCCGCUCUCCUUCCUCCCUGGGACACGCAUUAUCAAGUACCUUGGGAUCAUCAACAUGUUUUUCAUAAGAGAGACAACAUCGUUACGCGAGGAAGGUGGUGUCAGUGGCUUCCUCCAUUCAUUCAUAGCAGAGGUGUUUGCAAUGGUUCGAGCCCAUGUAGCAGCCCUGGGUGGGAAUGCAGUGGUGUCCUACAGCAUGAAAGAGUGUAUGUUGAUGGAAAAUCCAAACAAGAACCAGGCUCAGUGCCUGAUUAAUGUCAGUGGAGAUGCCGUCAUCUGUGUCAGGGAGACGGACCAGGAGCCAACUCCCUCAACCACAAAUAUCGGACAGAUCUGCCCUAGUGGAACCGAUGUGACUACAUGACAGUGAAACACUGAGCCGCAGCUUGUUAGCAGGACACACUAUCUGAGUGAAAAAGCUCUUUGAGUCUAGCCGUCCAAAUAUGAGUCAUUUAUGUCUGCCUUAAAACUCUGUAAAAAGAUCCAAAGGUUUGGACGCAGGCAACAUAGAAAAAGUAAUCACACAUACAAAAAAAAUGCAGUCUGGAUUAAUAUGGGAGUCUCUGUGUUUUUUUAAAAUGUUAAACAUUAGAGCAUUUGUGCAGCAGGUACUGAUGUAGCUCUUUGGGAAUUAAAUAGUGUGAGUGUUUUUAAACACAAGUGGAUGUCUCUGUAUUUUGCCCAUGUAUUACAUCCGUCCAUGUUGGUGAAACUCAAAGAUAAACUAUGUUGGAAUUUACUUUGAGUUUGGGUAGGAGUGUGAGGCAGCUACUGUAAGACUAAUGGGUCCAUCCACAGCUCACAGGAAAAGUCAUGGCCUUGUAAAAGAAAAGGCCCUUGUCAACCAUCAGUUAAUUUGAUUGAUUUGGGUUUUCAAGCAGCUUGCAAAUUUAAAGGCCCGACUUCAACAAAGCUGGUGCUCUUCCUCAAAAUGGAAAUUGCUCACGAGAAUGAAAAUUUGAAGUGAAAAAAAACACAGACCAUGUGAUGCCAUUUUGUUAAAAUUAUCUUUGUGUUCAUUGGUGUCCAGUUCUAAUGUCCAAAGAAUGGUUUUGUAUGACUUGUGUUGAUAGAUAAUCUUCUUAAUCAGUUACAGUAUUGCUCACAGGCAGCAUCCUACAGUGUCAAGUAAUGAUGUCAUCUAUAAUAAAUAAACAAAAACAGGCCAGUAUUUCUGGUGUAUGCACAUAUUUUUGAAGGGCAAUAUUUUUCCUUUAGGACAGCCAUUACUGUGUAUUCAAGUGACUAUUUUAUAGAUAAAAACUAUUAGAUUUUUGUAUUGCUUAAUUUUGAAAUCGACAAAUCAAUGUGUAUGCCUUUUAUUUACUAACAGCAGGAGUGAGGGAGCUAAUGGUUAUGGGAAUAAUGUUGCACUUUGGGGUCGAGCAGCAGGGAUGUUUUAUAUGGCAAAGACUUUGAGAUCAUUUUGAUUACUUAAAACGAAAGCACUUUGACUGAAGCAACUCCUCCAUCACAUGUAGCUUUAAGAUCAGUUACUCUUCUUGAUGCAUCAUGCUAUCACUGUCAGAUUUCACACACCUUUGUCAAUCUUUAUUACUUUUGCUCUUGUACUGAAUAUAAUCCGAAUCUGUCCGGAUUUGAUAUUUAUGUCAAAUGCUGGAAACAAGCAUUUUAUGGUGUAGGUGCCAUAUACAAAAACAGUGUAAAUGUUCUCUAAAAUCAGAUUUUUAGUAUUUUUGUAAUAUAAAAUGUAUAAAACCUUCAGCUCAUUUUGCCUGUAAAAUGAAUUUCUUGAUGUUUUGACUCAGCGACAGAAAUUAAUGGUACUCUAAUCUGUUGGUGAUGAGUUUCAGAUAUCUGUGUCUAAAACUUGAAUGUACAUACUAAAAUGCUUUUGCUUCCUGACUAGCAGCAUGCAGAUUCAUUUUUUAGUGCCAUUAUUAGGUAUGCUUGCCUGGUAGUUCUUGCACAAUAAACUCAGUCAAACCAA